UUUUUUAAUUUGCAAUAAUAAAAUAAUUACAUUUUUAUAAUAAUAUUCUACUACCAAAUAAAUAGUAUUUAAUAUUUUUUUCAAAUACAUAUUUAUUUUCUUUUCGAAGCUCAUAAACUGUGCCCGCCUCUUUCUGUCGCGGAGACUUCUGGGAAAACGAGUCCUAUCAUUUGGUAAUUCCAGCUCCGCUCCCUACUUCUCCACAGCUAACAAGAUGCCGGCCGUUCAUCAUAAACUGCUUCUGGAGGACGCCCUGCAUGAUAGUCCUCAGACUCGCUCUUUGCUGAGCGUGUUUGAGGAAGAUGCAGGGAUGCUGACGGAAUACACCAACCAGCUGCUGCAGUCCAUGCAGCGGGUGUUUGGAGCGCAGAGUGAGAUGGGAUUGGCCACAGAGCAGCUCUCGCAGCGGCUUCUGGAAUAUGAGAAGAAAAAUUUUGCCCUUGGGAAAGGUGAUGAGGAGGUCAUCUCUACGCUGCAGAACUUUGCAAAAAGUGUUGGAGAGCUGAACUCCCUCCACUCCGAGCUGGCCAACCAGAUGGCUGACAGCAUGGUUUUUCCUUUGAUCCAGUUCCGGGAGAAAGACCUCACAGAGAUAAGCACCUUAAAAGAAAUAUUUGGCAUUGCUACUGAUGAGCAUGAAGCAGCGAUGGUCAAGUACAGUCGACUGCCCAAGAAGAAGGAGAAUGAGAAGCUGAAGGCCGACCUGGUGAAGGAGGUGGCCUACACCCGGAGGAAGCAGCACCAGGCCUCCCUGCAGUACUACUGCGCCCUCAACGCCCUGCAGUACCGCAAGAGAGUAGCCAUGCUCGAACCGAUGCUAGGCUACACUCAGGCACAGAUCAGCUUUUUCAAGAAAGGCAUUGAGCUGGUUUCAAAGAAGAUGGACACUUUUCUCUCCUCUGUGUCCAACAUGAUGCAGAAUAUCCAGACCCAGCUGGACUCUGAGGCAGAAGCCAUGCGCAUGUCUCAGAAGGAGCUUCUGUCUGCGGAGGACUUCGUCUACAUGCCGGAUAAAGACGCUGAGCCUGUUAACCGCACACUCAUCCAGAAGGCUGGCUACCUCAACAUUAGGAAUAAAACCGGCCUGGUGACGACAGCCUGGGAUCGGCUGUUCUUCUUCACUCAGGGCGGUAAUCUCAUGUGUCAGCCUCGGGGCGCGGUGGCGGGGGGCAUGGUGCUGGACCUGGACAACAGCUCCGUCAUGGCGGUGGAGUGCGAGGACCGGCGCUACUGUUUUCAGAUUACUUCCCCUUCAGGAAAGACGUCCAUGAUUUUACAAGCUGAGAGCCAAAAGGAAUAUGAAGAGUGGAUUUGUACAGUCAACAACAUUUCCAGACAAAUCUAUCUGACCGAAAACCCAGAGGCUGUGGCAAUACGCUUGAACCAAACAGCCAUCCAGGCAGUCACUCCAAUCACCAGCUUUGAAAAGAGACAAGAAGGAUCCCCCAACCCUGACAGAGCUAAACCAGGUGGUGUCAUCGCUGCUGGCAGCGAUUCUCAGAAAUCUGGAGCUGCUCCAGAACCGGAGGACCUGAUCGCCCCCGGAACCCCAAUCCAGUUUGACAUCAUGCUGCCAGCGUCCGAGUUCCAGGACCAGAACAGAGGCGGUGGGAGACGUACAAACCCGUUUGGAGAAACAGAUGAUGACUCCACAGCAGAGAGUGACGACUCGCUCCUGCAGCAGGUUUUCGCCGUUCGGUUUCUGGGUUCUAUGGCCGUGCGCUGCGGCAACAACCGAGAGGUGAUCUACGAGGCCAUGAGGCAGGUGCUGGCUGCCCGAGCCAUCCACAACAUCUUCAGGACCACCGAGUCCCACCUCAUGAUCACAAGCAGCGAUCUGAGACUGAUUGACCCACAGACUCAAGUUACAAGAAUAAGUUUUCAGCUAGAAGAAGUGUGUCAGUUUGCGGCUCACCAAGAAAACGGGAGGCUGAUGGGGUUUGUGGUUGAAGGAACAGACUGGAGUGACGGGAACGGCGAAGGAGAGCCGUCAUUUAGUGCUUUCGUCUUUGAGAGCAACACAGAAGGGGAAAAGAUUUGCUACACGAUAAAUCUGGCGAAGGACAUCACAGAAGCCAAGAAGGACCCAGAGGCCCUGGCUGAACUCAUGAAGAACAUGCCUUUAACCAACGACGGAAAGUUCUUGCUCCUGGAGGCUGAGACGGGCGAGACUGAUGAUGGAGCCGGUCCUGAAGACCUGGAGUCUGAAGCGUAGUUCCUCUAAAACCCUCCAAUCAAAGACGAGCAGGACGAUCGCCUGACAUUUCUCCAUAAGGCUUGCUGGGGUUAAAGGUCACGACUCCAAACCUAGAGUUCAGGUCCGCUGACCCUCUGCAGCUCCUCGUUUUGCUCUACUAAAACCGGUUUCUGUACAAUGGACUUCUAGGUACUAGUCGUGUUUAUUCUUACUUUUUUGUGUGUACUCGACCAUCGAACGGAAAGCUAUGAAUCAUUCCCUUUAGGUUUAAAUAGUUCAAAGUCAUUCUUUUUAAAACUUAUAUUUAAGGUCUUCAUGAUUCUACUUUAGAGUUCAUUUCUUGAUCGUUUGCACUUUUAAAGGUUCAUAUUUUUUUUUAACAUCUCAAGUUAUAAAAUGCACUAAUAAAAACGUCUGAAGGAGGUAAGAUUUGAAGGAAAAAAAGCAGUCUGCAGACAUAUCAUACCGCAUUGACCUGAAGUGACCUUUGUGUGCACUCGUGCCACAAAGUGACCAUCCACCAUCCCCACUUCACUCGACAUCAUUCGCCGCGACCUGAUUUGUGUGCUCGAUCCCGGUCCCUGUUCUGCGCUUCCUUCCUCAGAAGCUGGUGUAAAUAUGAUCUGUCAGAAUGUCUGCGGUGUUUAAUCAGUCACUCUGCUCGGACUCUCACAGCGUAUGAUUAAAUAAAGCCAUUUUCUCCCCGUCCCUCUGCAGAAGAUUAAAGCCUCUGAGAGCCGAGCCGUAGUGCUAAAAGAAAUCAGCCGAAAUGCCUCAGUAAUGCAUGCAGACAGAGCCCAGUCAGGUACUACAGUCUGAGGGAGAGCAUGCUCCACAUACUUAUGAAUGGUGAUCAAAGCCGAGGGACUAAUGGCAUCAUCUGCUGUCCCUCUGCAUUCGCUGCAGUUCUGCUCUGUUAAAACCUGUUUCAAGUCUCAAGCAUGUAUGUUUAUGUACACAGAAGCCUUUGGAAAUUGGCCACACCCUCCCUUUACAAACCUGCAGAUUCAACAGAGCGCCACUCCGAUCCUCUUUAGAUCUACUUUAAAACCCUUCCUAGCAGAGUUUUAAUUAGAAUUAUUAUUUAUUUGGCUAAAAACAAUUGUUUUUUUAGGGUAUAAUUUCUGUAAAGCAACAAAAGUUUCUUAAAUUUCCCUCAGAGUUCUCGGUGAGACUAAUGCAGAGUUAGCCCCCCUCCACUUCCCAUUAUCCAUAUGUUUACACGCUCUCUCACUAGCUUACAACCCCUCACACUCUCACAGUUUGGAGAGGAGCAUGGAGCUCAUGGCCCACCCAGUGCUUUUUAUUUAUUUAUUUUUUUAAGGCCACAAAUACAAUCUUUUACAAACUUUAUUUUUCUUGUUUGCUCCUAAUUCACAACAAUUUGAAUAAAAAAUACUCACAAAAUUUAAUUUUAAACUUAAUUUUCUUUAAAAUUUAUUAGAAAAAUGCCACAAAAACAUGUUAGAAACACAAUUUUCCUCUUUAAUGAAGGAUAUUCUGAGGCAUUGUGGGAUUUUUUUUUUUAGAAUAAACUGUAAAAGUGCAGGUCAAAUCUAACUAGUUUACCUGAACCUGCAAUGCUCAUCUAUCUAAUCACUAAUGUAAAAAUAAAAAUAAAAAAAUUACAUUUAUUGUCAAUUUACUUAAUGUUUUCCCAGACUUUUAUCUCUGAAUAAAUCAGACGAACUACAAAUGGUAGCUGUAAGAAGCCGUCAACCGUGAGAGCGUCUGUAAUCCCGCCGUUGUUUAUUAAUAAACACGCCCGAUAGUUCCCACUCGUCAUCGGCGCAGCCUCAUUGACUGGAGCUUUGCCGCCACGGCUCACACUUAAGCAGCCUUUUCAUCAUCAUUGCAUCUAUGAAUAUUUGGUGAAUUUGGAGUGUCCUUGAAGGUGGCAUCAUUAUCUCCUAAUUAUUAGACCUUCACAACUAAAUGAUCUCGGCUUGCAUCAUGUUAAUCGCCUCUAUGGUGUUUAUUGUCAAAGUUUUAUGCUCCAAUUACAGUAGUUGCAGCAUGAAAAUUAGGCAAUAAAAAGAAAAAA